AUGGCACAAACCUUAGAGAAAUGGCAAACAGAUUUUGAGGAUAAACCUCUACUCACAACGUUAGGCAUGUGUGUUCUAGAUGAUCUAUACUUCCCCGACGGCGAGAUAAAAUCCCGAGUUCUGGGUGGAAGCGGUGUUUAUUCAAUCCUAGGCGCUCGUCUCUUUCUUCAGGGCGAAAAUGCACAAAAGCUUUCCUGGUUAAUCCGAGCUGGAAACGCAUUUCCCAAAGAAAUUGAAGAUAGGCUUAGGAGUUGGAGCACCGAUCUGGUAAUUGAGAAAAGUGCGGGAGAUAGAGUGGAGUGUACGAGAGGGGAGUUGAGGUAUUCUGGUGGGUUAAACGGGGAAGGUGGUGAAAGUAUGGAGUUUGAGUUUGAGGAUUAUCCACUACUUUGUCUAUGGAAACUUGAAUAUUCCUGUUGA